AUGACCUUCAACGGAACCUGGAAAGUUGAUAAGAGUGAAAACUAUGAAAAAUUUAUGGAAGUUAUGGGUGUUAAUGUAAUGAAAAGAAAACUGGCUGCACAUGAUAACCUUAAGAUCACAAUUCAGCAAGAUGGGGACAAGUUUAAUGUGAAGGAAUCUAGCACAUUCAGAAGCAUUGAAAUUAACUUCACGCUUGGGGUUACCUUUGAGUACUCUCUUGCAGAUGGAACAGAUCUUUCAGGCUCCUGGGCACUAGAGGGUGAUAAGCUUGUAGGAACCUUUGUGAGGAAAGACAAUGGAAAAGAACUGAAGACACAAAGAGUAAUAGUUGGAGAUGAGCUUGUACAGACAUACCUCUAUGAGGGAACUGAAGCCAAGAGAAUCUUCAAGAGAGGCUAA